AUGGCGUUUGGUGGAGCGAGCCUGCAGCGAUGGAGUUUUCUAUUGGUCAGUCUUGUGUGGUGGACAGAGCAAAGUGUAACAGCGCUCGGAUUGGGUCAAAGCUGUACAAAUCCUGUAGGAAAAUCGGGCAAGUGUAUCCUUUUCCGAGAUUGUCAACCGCUCGUCAACAUCUACAAUAAACACAUUAUUACGCCACAGGAAUCAGAUUUUAUCUCACAGAGCCGGUGUGGAUUGUUACAACGGAAAUCAUUGGUAUGUUGUGCAGCAUCCACCCAGAUUUCUUCACUACCAAAAUCUCCGUAUUGCGGCGUACAAAUGUCCGAUCGUGUAUAUGGUGGUCAGGCUACAAAGAUCAAUGAGUUUCCAUGGACGGCGUUGAUUCAGUAUCGGAAUCAGGACGGAAGCUUUAAGUACCGCUGUGGAGGAUCACUUAUCAAUGAGCGGUAUGUUGUUACUGCUGCUCAUUGCGUCAAAUCGACUAGUUCUGAUUGGAUGGUCUAUCGUGUACGCCUUGGUGAGUGGGAUUUGACGACGGCCAAUGAUUGUCAGGAAGGCUUCUGUUCCAAAACACCGAUCGAUAUGGAGAUUGAGAAGAUCGUUUACCACAGAAAUUACGUCCUAAAAGAUAACAAAGCAAUGAACGAUAUUGCGUUGAUUCGUUUCACCCAAUCGGUUAAGUACUCGGAAACAGUACGAUCAAUUUGUCUACCGUUGAGCGAAUCGCUCCGUAAUCGUAAUCAUGUCGGACUGCCAAGUUUUGCUGUCGGUUGGGGUAAAACGGAGGCAGAAACGGCGAGUGAGGUGAAGAUGAUGGUCGAGUUGAACGUCACAAACUGGCAAGAGUGUGAACGAAUUUAUCAAGAGAAAGGAGAUUCGCUUAAAACCACGCAUAUGUGCGCUGGAGGAGUGCGUGGCAAGGACACAUGCAGCGGUGAUUCGGGCGGUCCUCUGAUGCGUCAAAUUGCUGGUGCAUGGUAUCUGAUCGGUGUGGUCAGCUAUGGACCUACAAAAUGCGGCACAGAUGGUGUACCAGGUGUAUAUACAAAUUUAGCAGAGUUUGUUGAUUGGAUUCGGGACAAUAUCUACUAG